CGCCGCCAAGAACUUUCCCUGGAGCCUCGGCGGCCUUGGCGCCCCGGUGCUGUCGCUCCCGGUCGCCCGCAGGUCCUCCGACGCCCGGCUUUUCAAGACGUUCUGCAGGAGCGGCGUUCGGUCCCCGUGGCAGGGCGUUCGGGAGAGGAGAGCUUGAACUUGGCCAUCUCCGCGGGAUGAGUUCGGGGACCGUCAGACGGAAGCCGCGGCCCGCGACAAGCUGACCUCCCCCUCUCCCCCGGCUGGUUUCGGUCGCCGCCCCCGUCUUCAGAAAAGGAGCCGCAGCCGCAGGAUGCGGGGGGACACGCUGCUCCCGGCGCCUAGUUCCGCGGGCGCUUCCCGGGUGGCUCCCGGCCCCUGAAGCUCCGGGGCGCGCUCGCCCUCCCGCCUCCGCUCUCCGAGCUUCUCGGGGUGCCCUCGGCUCGACUGCAGGACCCCAGAGCUCGCCCCCACCCUGGGCCCCACCCAGACCCGCGCCUCUCGCCCUCUACACGGCGCGCACAAUAAAUUAAUGCUUCGCGCUUGAGGGGAGGAGGCGGCGGCGGGCACCGCGGUCGCAGCUCUCGCCUGGCUGGAGACGCUUUCAGCCGACAUGGGCUGUUUCUGCGCCGUUCCGGAAGAAUUUUACUGCGAAGUUUUGCUCCUGGACGAGUCCAAGCUCACCCUCACCACCCAGCAGCAGGGCAUCAAGAAGUCAACAAAAGGUUCCGUUGUCCUUGACCAUGUUUUCCGUCACAUAAACCUUGUGGAGAUAGAUUAUUUUGGGCUGCGAUACUGUGACAGAAGCCAUCAGACAUACUGGCUGGAUCCAGCAAAAACUCUCGCGGAGCACAAGGAGCUGAUCAACACUGGACCUCCAUAUACUUUGUAUUUUGGUAUUAAAUUCUAUGCUGAAGAUCCCUGUAAACUCAAAGAAGAAAUAACCAGAUAUCAGUUUUUCUUACAGGUGAAGCAAGAUGCCCUUCAGGGCCGGCUGCCCUGUCCUGUCAACAUUGCUGCUCAGCUGGGAGCAUAUGCCAUCCAGGCCGAACUUGGAGAUCACGACCCAUAUAAGCAUACUGCAGGGUAUGUGUCGGAGUACCGGUUUGUUCCUGACCAGAAGGAAGAGCUGGAAGAAGCCAUCGAAAGGAUUCAUAAGACUCUAAUGGGUCAGGCUCCUUCUGAAGCCGAGCUGAAUUACUUGAGGACUGCUAAAUCCCUGGAGAUGUAUGGUGUUGACCUCCAUCCUGUCUAUGGAGAAAAUAAGUCUGAGUAUUUCUUAGGACUAACUCCAGUGGGUGUUGUUGUCUAUAAGAAUAAAAAGCAAGUGGGGAAGUAUUUCUGGCCCCGGAUUACCAAGGUGCACUUCAAGGAAACCCAGUUCGAACUCAGAGUCCUGGGAAAAGAUUGUAACGAAACCUCGUUCUUUUUUGAAGCUCGCAGCAAAACUGCUUGCCGGCAUCUCUGGAAGUGCAGCGUAGAGCAUCACACAUUUUUCAGAAUGCCAGAAACGGAGUCAAAUUCAUUGUCAAGAAAACUCAGCAAAUUUGGGUCCAUAAGUUAUAAGCAUCGGUACAGUGGCAGGACAGCUUUGCAGAUGAGCCGAGAUCUUUCUAUCCAACUUCCCCGGCCCAAUCAGAACGUGGCAAGAAGUCGAAGCAAGACUUAUCCCAAGAGGGUAGCGCAAACUCAGCCAGCUGGAUCAAACAACAUAAACCGGAUAACUGCAAACAUGGAAAAUGGGGAGACUGAAGGAACAACUAAAAUUAUUGCACCUUCUCCAGUGAAAAGUUUUAAGAAAGCAAAGAGUGAGAACAGCCCUGAUCCCCAAAGAAGCAAAUCUCAUGCGCCAUGGGAAGAAAACGGACCCCAGAGCGGCCUCUACAACUCUCCCAGUGACCGUACUAGGUCACCAAAGUUUCCCUGUACCCGCCAGCGUAACCUCUCCUGCGGCAGUGAUAAUGACUCUGCGCAGCCAAUGAGGCGGAGGAAAGCUCAUAACAGUGGUGAAGACUCAGAUCUAAAGCAGAGGAGGAGGUCCCGCUCCCGCUGUAACACCAGCAGUGGCAGUGAGUCAGAAAAUUCUAACCGCGAGCACCGGAAAAAGAGAAACAGAAUACGGCAGGAGAAUGACAUGGUUGACUCAGCGCCUCAGUGGGAAGCUGUAUUAAGGAGACAGAAGGAAAAAAACCAAGCGGAUCCUAACAACAGGCGAUCCAGACACAGAUCUCGCUCAAGAAGUCCCGAUAUCCAAGCGAAAGAGGAGCUGUGGAAACAUAUCCAGAAGGAACUUGUGGACCCAUCUGGAUUGUCGGAAGAGCAGCUGAAAGAGAUCCCAUACACUAAAGUAGAGACUCAGGGUGACCCCGUCCGCAUCAGGCACUCGCAUUCUCCGAGGAGUUACAGGCAGUACCGCAGAUCCCAGUGUUCGGACGGAGAGCGGUCUGUUCUCUCGGAAGUGAACUCAAAAACGGAUCUUGUACCACCACUUCCAGUGACCCGUUCCUCAGACGCUCAGGGGUCUGGUGGCUCCACAGUUCAUCAGAGAAGAAAUGGGUCUAAAGACAGCUUGAUUGAAGAAAAACCUCAGUUAUCUACAAUCAAUCUGACUGGAAAACACACAGUAAAAACAAUAAAAACUAUCCAGGCUGCCCGCCUCAAGACCGAGACUUGACCCAGAGUGGAAAUGCUGUGUGCCCCUGCUACUUUCGAAACUGUGAAUUAGAUACUACCCACAUAUCUUGGACAUGUCUUUAGCACAAGAAAAUAAGCAUUUAAGGUUUAUGUCCAGCAUUUUUGUGCUGUGGGGCCUUUUGACUGGAAGGACUUUAUGAACUCACUGGAUGUCAGUCUUUCCCAAAACCCCUCCGACUCUGUGCAUCUCAUCUCCAGCACAGCCAGGACCAGAUGGCUCCGAUGAAGUCCCUGGACUCCUGGCCUGCAGACUGGCCUGACUUUUAUCCCCAUGAAGCUGUUUGUAAUAUUGUACUUUGUGGCAUUAAGUCCCAAUUGUUAUUUACAAAUAUUGUAAAAAGCUGUUAAGUGUUUAUUUGAA